AUGCUAAAGGAUUUGAUUGAUGAAGAUGAGUUUUGCAGAAAGCUUAGAACAGCUUCCGAGGAUGAUGCUCAGGAUGGAUUUUAUAUAAUAUUUUAUAAGCUUCUUCUGGAUCCUUCGCAACAACUGCUAGACAGCCUUCUGUCAAGUUAUCCUGUCCAAGACGUAGUGAAUGGUUUAAAACAUCUCAUAAAAUUCAAGUUUUACAGACUUACAGAUGAUGUUUCUAACAACCUGAUUAGCAUCGUUAGCAUGAUGCUUGUAUAUGAAGAUAAUGUGGAUACAUUAAUUGUGAACAUGCUGCGACUUCAUCUUAUAGAAGAUGUAUUUUCGAUGUACAAGGCGCAUCCAAAGUACUUUACUAGCCAUCCUGUGUCUCUAAUGUUUUUGAUGUUUUUUUGUGCCCAAAGCACUAUACAUCGAGCAUUUUUUGAUGCAUCUGACUUUCAAUGCAGUGAUUUUCUGUUUUUACAGAUCAAGGAAAUGAUUGAAGAUCAAGGUUCUGAGACUUACGUAAACAAGAGAUCCAAAAAGAAUAUUAGCAAACGCAACUUAGACUACCCACCCUUUCCGUUUAUAGAUUAUUUUUACUCAAAAGGACUUCUGAACGUAUUGUUUACAGCCACGCCAUUUAAUAUGCUUUCUUCUCAACUUUCAGUGGAGCUUGAGAUGAACAUAAUGUUUGUUCUUGAGAAUGUGCAUAAUCUUAACUUUGAUUUUUACAUGAAUCUUCUUUUUAAGGAUUACAUACGCAAUGAAACAGAAGCAUGCAGAGUUUUGAGAUUUAUUGCAAACAUUCCAUGUAUGUUAAGCAUAUAUAAUGUAGUGGAUAGUAUAUUGAGGAGAUAUCCGUCUUCUUUUGUUGCAUUGAUAUACGAUUUGAUGUUUUGGAAUGAAAAAGAAAAGAUUAACCAGAAUCUAGUGGAUUAUCUCAAAAUAAUGGAUAACAGAUGCAUUCUGAUGAUAAAUCCUCUGCUAGAUGAAUGGCAAUCUCUGAAAUACGCAAUUGACAUUAUACAUAAGAGGCAUCAGCCAACCAAGGAAUCAAUUCACCGGAUGAUACACGGACUUGGAUUUGACAGGUAUUACGAGAUAGUCCGAGAAAUGAAAAGAAAUAACAUACCUAUUAUACCAAUUGAAAUGUAUGAUAAGAUAAUAAAAGAAUCUUUUGAGUGGGACGGAUAUGCACAGGUUUAUUUGUGGAAAAUACUUGGAUUCCAAAAAAUAUAUUUUGGAUUGGAUGUUAGUGAUGCAGGUUACAAAGAACGAAGUAUAGAAGCAAAAGAAGGAUUUGAAAUUGUCAAAAGCUUGUGUACAUUGACACAAUGA